CGAAUGGAAGGUUUGGCGCCCUUGAGCGAGAUAAGUGGAAGAAAAAAAAGAAAGAAGGACCUCUGAUCCCAUUGUUAUCUUGCACACAAACCGUUCGGCCUUCCGAUAAGGAACCGAUUGACUUUGGAGUGGUAGACAGAAAUACGAGCUGGCCAACAUGGGAAGCACUUCCGGAUGUUGGCAGUGCUUGCUAUUGGCAUGGAUGAUGUUCACCGUGACAUGCGACCGCGGCGGAGCAACACUUUGCAACCAGCUGACCAUGCUGGGCGAAGAAUGCCAGUGUGAGGUUGGGCCUCAUGACCGCCUCAUACUGCGCUGUGUGGCUACUCAUGCCAAUACGCUCUACUCGGACCUGGAGCGGGUUACGGAGAGCAACAUUCCUCUGUACGAAAUGCAGGUUCGAGACUCUGACCUCGAGGAAUUGAAGAAAGAAUUUCCGGCUCACAUCAACGAGCACAUGGAGACCCUGACGUUGGACAACACCAAAAUUGGCCAAGUGUACAUUGGUAACAUUUUACGACCAAUGAGGAACCUUAGAAGGGUACGGCUAGAUAACGAAACUGUGCAACAGAUUGACAGAGAAAUGUUCGAGAACUUGGUUCACCUCGAGGAAGUCGGAGUCAAUGGAGCCAACCUCGUGACAGUAAAAGAGAAUGCCUUCAUGUCACUCAAUCUGACCUUGCUGACACUUCGUCACAAUCACCUGACACAAAUACCAAGUGCUGUUACCAAACUGCCGUACCUUGUUGAACUUGAUCUUUUUGAGAAUCCUAUCGAAGUCGUCAACGACCAAGAAGCGCUGGUGCUUCAGUCCACGCUGAAGCAUAUCGAAAGGCUCGUCAUGAAUAAAAUCCAGUGCGACUGUACGUUGGGUAAGGGAGAGUUCCUCAACUGGGUUCGUCGCCGAGGCAUCAGUGGUGUGACGUGCGGGGAACCCUCAUCGCUGCUAGGAAGAGAUAUAACCAAGCUGACCACGAAGCAGAUCUGCAACAGCAGUGCUACAUCUUCACUCGCUGGGAGACUGUUGUUCGUUACCCUCCUGUUGCAUUUUUCCAGACAUUUCACCAGUUGAAGAAGAGUUCGCAGUCUACUGGCCGCAGUUUGUGUUCUCCACAUUUCUCGAGUUAUUCAUUUGCACGUAUAGGUGAAUUUACAAUCACGCGCAUGUUUGAAAGUCAUUGAGAAGGUGCCUUGUGAACUCUCAUAGAAAGGACUGGUGCACAAGUAGAGCAGGUGCUAAAAAAUAGUGACAUCGCAACGCUUGAAGGCUUCCCCGAAUAUCAGGAUUGACGCCUGAGCCUUGGGAAAUUUUCUCAGAAAGUGUGGUCGAAGUGGUAAAAGUAAUAUGAAUGGUAUGCCGAGCAUGUCCAGUAUGACGACACGUGACGCUGUAUUAGAGCUUUUAUUUGAGGAGCCCUCUUGAGCUUUUAGGCUGUUGACGGCCAAGUAUCGAGUGUGUCGGUGCUGAGCACGCCGCGGAACUGGACCGUCUGUCAGGGUAGUGUGUGGUUCUGCCGAAGCAAGGGGAAUUCUAGCUGACCGAGGGCAAGAAAUGAGUCCGGCCCCAGAGAGCAACCAUCCCUAUCGCAGGGAUCAGAACUGGAGCACCUGGACUAUAAACCGCUACGAACCUUUA